AUGUUACGGAGAAAUGGGAAGCUGAGAUCGUGCGAACCAUGCCGUAUAUCAAAAAUCAAGUGCGAUCACGGUACUCCAACAUGUCAAAAAUGCCACACUCGUGGCAUAACUGCGCAAUGUUUCUACCAUCCUAACCCGAUGACUAAACCCGCUGGUACUCCUCGUAAGAAACCAGAGCCACGGCGUGGGAAACUAGACGUGAACCCAUCUGGAAGGUUGACACCGUUGAUCCUAAGCCCCCCAACACUCAGGAACGAUGCAGGUACUGUUUCGUUGAGCAGCUCGUGGCCAACCCCGCCAGAUUCUUUUACCAGACCAACACAUGGUGGACCGGAUCCAGCAAGAAAUUUCUUCCUGGGGUCCACCAGUUAUGCCGCCGUGUUUACGGAGGAGCAGCCAUUGCCAGAUACUGUGCAUGAACAACCGUCUGAAAGGACGAGUGAAACACUUCCAAGGUCCACUCGAAAUAUGGGACAUCGCCAUUGCCAGUUUGCCUUGGGCUCUUUGAUAGUCUCAACACUUUCGCCAUUCGACUUCUUUGAGAAAGCCUGCAAGCUAAGUUUCGAGAUCCAAAAGGCUACCGCCCUUGAAAAGGCCACUGCCCUUGUUGCCCCUUUAAUCCUUUCUGCAUUACCGCAGCUGCGCAAAGACCUCGAACUACUCAAUGCUGCCAGUAACGACACAUAUGCUCUAUAUGCGGAUAUGACAAGAAAUACCGCAAGGCCCCUCAAGGUGUCGUCAGAUAUGCGUCCAUGUGACUUCCAUACCCUUUUUACAGGGAAGAACUUGAGGUGGGAGGCGCUAGGCCUGAUCUUGGUCAUUGCCGGUUGCAAAGCUCAGUAUACAGCACCCAAUGAUCCGCUCUUCACUCUUGAGGAUGGCAAGCAAAUCAACAGGGAUGAAUUCAUCGAGGACAUAAUGCACGCGGCUAACACUUGUAUCAAUAUUUGUCAAACACAUGGGGCAGUAAAUGAAAGUGCAACCCCGAAAGAUCAAUUGGCAGCAAAGGCUAAUAAGUCAGAUCACGGAACAUGGCGACGUAUGGGCGACUGCGUCUCUGCUCUAUACGCUGCAGGCAUACAUUGCGAAGAGUCUAAUUCGGAAGGCGACAACAAAGAACCAUUCUUCAUGCGCGAAUUCCGCAGAAGGUUAUAUGCCUCUGUAUAUCGGUCCGAUAAAACGCUAGCAGUGUUCUAUGGGAGACCUCCAAUGGUGGGUUGGCGGUACAGCGACCGCAAGAUGAUGUUGGAUAUCAGCGACGAAGCUGUAGCCUCGGAAGCAGAGGAUGCAACAUUACUGGACGCCGAGCUUUCGAAGCUGGACAGCGCGGGCUGGAAUACUGAAGGAUGUCUUCAUCCUGCUACGUUCAACAGGGUUCGGUGCCAGCUUGCUGUAUUCAAGGAACGAUUCCUGGAGCAGAGUCUCGCGGGUGAAAAAGACAGUGACGUGGUGCGGAAUGUAGAAGCAAUCUCCGCGGAAUGCACAGAACGGUGGGAUGCGCUUCCUGCCUACCUGCGAUACGAGACAUAUACCGAAGACGCAGCCUGGAAUGGCCGAGGCCCCGGCUUGACAGUCCGUCUCAUCGCCGCCUACCUCGACUAUCUGCACCUGCAUUUCCAAAUCCAGCGCCUCCUACAUCGAAUCACGCAACAAGCUCUUCCGUUGUUAUUGGAAGUGUCAUUGAAGCUCCUUGUGACUUCACUCAUAUCCACGAAACCAAACAAUCGCGUCUACGAAACACGUCGUAAUUUCCCGACUGUGAUGUUAUUCUACUGUUCCCCAGCCGCCGGGGUACUAGCCCUAGAACUGCGUCGCUGUACAAUCAAAGGCAUACCAUUGCCAAGUACCAUCUCUCGCGCAGACGUGAUUAGAAACCUCUCCGUUUUGACAUCAUGCCUGGAAUGGAUAGUGCUGCCUGGCGACGGGAAUCAUAAGCUUUGCCUUGAGUUCAAUAAGAUGCUUGCUCUCGUCUUGGAUGAAGUUCUCAAUUAUGAGCCUCCAGCCAAUGGUGUACAGGCGAAUCGAGGAGAUACCGGAGCUAGUGAUGAUAAUGAUACCCUUAUGGCUGGACAGGGUUUCUUCGAUAUGCCGAUGACCGAGGGCCUGGAACCUAUUCCGACAGUGUCAGAAGAGUUUCUGAAUUGGCUGGAUAAUGCCACAUGGAACAAUAAGGACCUGUUCUGA